AUGUUCCGUCAAGCACUCAAAGUUGUUCCUGCAGUUUCCAAGCUCUCUUUUACCAGAAGAGCUGCCAGACCUUUGGUUAUGGUUCCAAAAAUGGCUCAAUUCUCCACCAGCGUGUACAGAAUGAACGCACCAGAUGCUAAGUCACUUGUCCAACAGGAGCUGGACUACGAGAAGAAUGACGCUUUUGACCUGGAUCCAAGCUUUGUGGCCUAUAUGAAGAACGAAAAUAUUAAGGCUAUUGAGCCGAACGAGCAUGCUUUCUCUCACAUGAUCAAGGAGUGGAACGAUGAAAAGGUUCAUGUUCUGUUUGACAUCCAGAAGAUCACAUUUGCUACUCACGCCAAUAAGCAGAUCAACGAUGAGAUGGGGGGCGAGGAGGAGCAGAACGAGGUGUUUUCUGCGGGAAUGACCGAGACCGUGGAUCUUUCUGUUGUUCUGGAGAAGAACGGCAAGGCGUUGCAGUUCGACUUGGAUCUGAGCCCGGAGGAGUAUCACUUCAUCAUUAAUGGAGUCAGAACCUUUGACAACGUGGACUUGGCUCUGGACUACUCCAGCAAUAGUGUCGACCAGAAGGACCUCCUCUACAGCGGACCAUUGUUUGAGAACCUUUCUCUGGAAAUGCAGGACAUGUUCUACGACUUGCUGAGAGAGAGAGGAGUGGACGAGGAGCUUGGAGAGCUUCUGGUUGCCUAUGCCACCUGGAAGGAAAACAAUAUGUACAUCGACUGGCUCGAAAAGCUGCAGAGCUUCGUUUGA